GUCGCGCCGGGGUGAGGGCGGCAGCGAAAUGGCGGCGGCUGCGCGGCGCCGCGCUGGGGUCUGACGGGUCCCGAUGGGCCCCGUGGCUGCUGGGUACCGCGCUGAUCUUGGGGGUGAGUCCAGCUGCCGUCGGCGGGGCCCCGCCGGGCCGGCGGCGAUGGAGGCGCUGCCGGAGCUCUACGCCAUCUUCCAGGGAGAGGUUGCUACAGUGACAGAAUAUGGGGCGUUUAUAAAAAUCCCAGGCUGCAGGAAACAAGGCCUCGUCCAUAAGACUCACAUGUCUUCCUGCCGUGUGGAUAAACCCUCAGAGAUAGUAGAUGUUGGAGACAAAGUAUGGGUGAAGCUUAUUGGAAAAGAGAUGAAAGAUGACAAACUGAAGCUUUCGCUCUCCAUGAAGGUUGUUAACCAAGGCACGGGAAAAGACCUUGAUCCAAACAAUGUUUCUCUUGAUCAGGAUGAGAGGAAAAAACGCACGUUCAGAGACUACACGAGUCAGAAGAUCACGCUUGAAGCUGUCUUGAACACUGUGUGCAAGAAAUGUGGUUGCAAAGGUCAUUUUGCCAAGGAGUGUUUUGUGCAGCCUGGAGGUACCAAAUAUAGCCUCAUUCCAGAAGAGGAAGAAGAGGAGGUGGCAGCAGCAGGAUAUGAAAGAGAUAAAAAGACCAGCAUGGCUGACAGCUCUUCAAAAAAAAGGAAAAAGGAGAAGAAGAAGAAAAAGAAGCACAAGAAUAAGCAGUCCUCCGAGUCGGACUCGGACAGCUCAGACUCGGACAGUGAUGGGGCUCAGCCAGCCAGCAAGAGGACCAAGCAUUCGGGGAAGCCCAGCAAGGCUCAGAAGAAGAAGAAGAAAAAGAAGCAUAAGAAGAAGCCCCGGGACUGAGCGGGCAGGCGGGCGGGGGUACCGGCAUCUCCAGUCCCUGGCGCAACCUCAGGAGGAGUGAGCAGAGCCGAACCUGCGCACCCCUUGCUCCGGGGACAAGGAGUUUCCUCCUGAAAGCAACGCUCGGUGGGCGGUGUUGAGUAUUGACUUUGAUGCAAGUGUCCUCUGUUACCUUAGGCGUGAGCUGCCGUUUUCUCCCACCAUUAGGCACUCCUGCCAAAUUAGGCUAAUUACACCCCUUGCUCGGCACCUCUCCCAUCCCGUAGCCUCAUGUUUCUCCGGGUGAGCUGCCAGGGCUCGGUGACUCCCCCGGCCAGCUGCCCUGUGCUCGCCCUGCCCGGCCCCGCGCUCGGGGACAGGGGUGGCUGUUGCUGGGGCUGCGUCCUCCCAGCUGGUACCAGCAUGGAGCUGCUCGGCUUUGGUCUGCAAACCUUCCCCCAGCCUCUCAUUUUGUGUGCAAACAGUGGGAAUGGAAGAGUAAGGAGCAAAGUGGGGAGUGGAGAUAUUUCAAGUAAACAUUAACUGUGGUGUGUUUGCUGCCUUGGUAAGUGAUAGAAAAUAAACCUCUCCAAUCUCCCACUGUACUUUGUACUGGGUCUUUUCUUUUGUAAGUUCCACACUUCAUCUUGGACAGUGAAAAAAUAGAGCUAGCUGUGGGAGGGGAUGAGACCUGCAUUAAAGGUUUGUUUGUUCCUUGUU